AUGGAGAUGGACUUCCUCGGCCCCCGCUCGUCGCCGUGGCAAGUGAUGCCGCCCGUGCCGCGACGCAACGACGGCGCCGAGCCCUGGCGCUUCGCUGCGCCGCCGCCGAUGCUUCAUGCGCCGGUACCGGACGUGCCUCACCGCUACCCGACGGCGCCGGCCUCCGAGGUUCAUCACGUCGGCGCGCGCGUGCCGCCGUCGCCGUAUCCCCAGGCCUUCCCGUUCGGCAUUCCGGCCUCGUAUCUGCAGGGCUCCCAGGUAGGGGUAGUCCACAAUGCUGCGCCCACGCGCGAUCAGAGGUGCCCCGCCCCGCAGCUGACGAUAUUCUACGCCGGCUCCGUGCACGUGUUCGACAAUGUCACCAAGGACAAGGCUGAGCAGAUCAUGUUCAUGGCUUCCAAGGCGGCUCAAGCAGGCAGCAGCCCUCCAUUCCGUCUGCCGCUGCGGCAAUCUGAAUCAGCCCCAGCCCCAGUCCCAGACGAAAGGCAGAUGGCGCCAUUGGCGAGAGCUUGCAGUGAUCCGGUGCAUCUCAACCUGGACACCGUGCAUAUUUCUCCCGCUGCAGAUGUUCCGCUGGCCAGGAGCGCGUCCCUCGCUCGCUUCCUCGAGAGGCGCAAGCAGAAGCAAAGGGCAGCACAUGCGGCAACACCUUACUCUCGCAGGGAGAUAUCUCCUGGCAGCAUGGACACGUUCCUCAUGCUUUCUCCGGGGAACACAGCGGUGUCUGGCAACCCCGAACUGUCAUGGUUCUUUGGAGACGAAAAGGGAAGCCGCAACGAGGAGGCUCUGGACACCGAGCUGAAGAUGUAG